AGGAAGUGAGGAGAAAUGAAACAACAUUGAUAAACAGGCCAGGCCGAACCAGCAGAAACUACGUUCGCGUGCGUUUAGACUCAGUUUUCAUUGACGUGAACGUUAAAUGCUUCUCUAAGCUCAGCUACUUCGGAUAAAACGUUAAAAAUCGGCGCUGCUUUCGACGCAGGUUGUUAUAGUUGAGGUCGGAACAGAGGAAAAGGGAGAAUAUGUAACGUUAACUUAGGAGUCAUUUCUCUUUUCCUGCCCUCCUCCACUUGCCUCCCGAGCGAGGAGAAACAGUAACUGCAUUUAAGACCGAUUGAUCUGACCGCUGUUCAGACAGUUUGCGGCUUCUUCGGUCUCAACGACGAUGGCGGAUAGCGCUGGGGAGGGGGCCAACGGCUCCGUGGGCACGGCGCAGGACCACGGAGCGCAGUUGUCCGCGAGUUUGGGUAAUUCCGUACCGGGGCACUCAUCCGCCUCGACGCCUCCGGCAGUGGCUGUGGUCGCUCCCAUGAUCGCGCACACCAUCACCCAUGCGGUUCCCGUGGUGGCCGUUCCUCCUUCCCUGCCGCCCGGUAUCGGAUCAGGAGUCCCGGUCGGAGCGGGCCUCCUGUCCCAAAUUCACGCCACCUCCUGGGAUCCCACGUUAAGCACCGACUGGGACAACGAGAAGGCGUCUCCGCAGUGUAUUCUUCGGAUAAAAAGAGACAUUAUGUCCAUUUAUAAAGAACCUCCUCCAGGUAUGUUUGUGGUUCCCGACCCUCAUGACAUGACCAAGAUUCACGCCCUCAUCACCGGUCCCUUCGACACACCAUAUGAGGGAGGCUUCUUCCUCUUCCUGUUCCGCUGUCCUCCUGACUAUCCCAUCCACCCUCCACGUGUCAAACUUAUCACUACCGGGCACAACACUGUUCGUUUCAACCCGAACUUCUACCGCAACGGCAAAGUUUGCCUCAGCAUCCUCGGCACUUGGACUGGCCCAGCAUGGAGUCCUGCCCAGAGCAUCUCCUCCGUUCUCAUAUCCAUACAGUCCCUAAUGACAGAGAACCCUUACCAUAAUGAGCCAGGCUUUGAGCAGGAAAGGCAUCCAGGUGACAGCAAAAACUAUAAUGAGUGUAUCCGCCACGAGACCAUGCGAGUUGCAGUGUGCGAUAUGCUAGAGGGCAGAGUGUCGUGUCCCGAGGCCUUGCGGUGAGUGAUUAUCCCUCAUUUUGCAU